GCCAGCCCGCCCUGCCCUGCCGCCGCUGCCAGUCCGCCUGGUGCUGUUGCAUCUGCUGGCCUAUCCGAUUGUGCAGCCACCGCCUUCAGCCUGCCCCGCCAAGCCCCAGCUGUUGCUGUUGCCAGACCGUAUAAAGUGGAUGUAUGUGUCAAUGGUGUUCCACUGACCAUGGAGGUGGACACUGGAGCUUCUUGUAGUCUCAUCAGUCAUGAUCAGUACUGUGCGCUGUGGCCUGACCUGUCUGCCCGACCGCCCCUGGUGUGCUCUGGCCGUCGCCUGUUGACGUACAUGAGAGAGGAGGUCCCUAUUGAGGGAGUGGCUGAGGUCCAGGUGUCCUACCAGGGUCAGACAGCUCAGCUGCAGCUGUUGGUAGUGGGACAACCUGGGCCCGCCCUGUUGGGACGUGAUUGGUUACAAGUGAUUCGUCUUGACUGGCAGUCCCUGUGCAUGAUUGGCUCUGAGGAGUGCCUCCCCGGGGAUGCCCAGUCGCUGUUACAUAGUCUGAAGAAGAUGGAGCUGGAGUUCCCAGAUGUGUUUAGCCCUGGUUUGGGUUGCUACAAACCUCGUAAGGUCUCGCUUCAGGUGGACCCGUCAGCGCCAGCCAAGUUCUACAAGCACCGCCCGCCUCCGCUGGCGUUGAAGAAGGACAUCGAAGAUGAGCUGGACCGUCAGGUGCAGCUGGGUAUUCUGCGCCCUGUUCCGACUUCCGAGUGGGCGGCACCCGUCGUCCCAGUGAAGAAGUCUGACGGUAGUAUACGCCUGUGCGGUAGCUAUGAUUUGACGGUUAAUACUGCCACGUCUCUGGAGUCGUACCCACUGCCCCGGACAGAGGAGCUGUUUGCGGUUUUGUCAGGAGGCCGUUACUUUACCAAGAUUGAUUUGCGCGAGGCUUAUCUACAGUUGGAACUUGAUAGCCAGAGUCAGAAGUAUACUACCAUUAACACACACAAGGGCCUGUUCUGUGUCACUCGCCUAGCUUUUGGUAUCAAAUCUGCAGUCGCCAUUUUUCAAAGGGAAAUGGAAACUUUGUUGGCGGGUGUGCCUCAUACUGCAGUGUUUUUGGAUGACCUUUGUGUCACAGGAAAGACGCCGGCUGAGCACCUGUCGAACGUGAGGGAGGUUCUGCAACGUCUCUCUGAUGCCGGCCUCAAGAUCAACGUGAGGAAGACGACCUGGUUGGCGCGUGAGGUGUGCUACCUGGGCCACCGCAUCUCGUCCGCCGGGAUUCAGCCGUCCGACGACAAAGUGAGCGCCGUGAUGUCUGCUCCUGAGCCCAAGAAACUGCCAGAGUUGAGAGCCUACCUCGGCCUACUGCAAUACUACAGCCGAUUCCUGCCGCGCCUAAGUACAGUUGCUGCUCCGCUGUACAACUUAGGUAAGAAAGAUGCCCCUUGGGUAUGGGGUCCAAGUCAACAGUCGAGCUUCCAAGAGACUAAACGCCUGCUCUGCUCUGCCCCAGUUUUGUGCCACUAUCAGCAGAGUCUCCCGCUAGUUCUUACUACUGAUGCCAGCCCGGAGGGUGUUGCGGCUGUUCUGAGCCACCCAGAUGCCAGAUCAGGAGCUGACCGUCCCAUAGCGUAUGCUAGCCGCCGUUUGUCUGCCGCCGAACGCAAUUACAGCCAGCUAGACAAGGAAGCUUUGGGUGUAGUUUUUGGCAUUGUGAAGUUUCACCAAUAUUUGUAUGGCCGCCGAUUUGUUGUGAAAACUGACCACAAGCCGUUGUUGGGAUUGUUGAGCUCACACAAGUCUCUGCCGCAGGUGGUGUCGCCGAGGAUGGUCCGCUGGAAGCUGACCCUGACCGGCUACGAUUUCGAUCUGAAGUACGUUCCAGGGAAGGAGAUCAGCAACGCGGAUGGCCUCAGCCGCCUGCCGGCUCCGUUCUGCCCGCCGGACCCGCCGCCGCCGGCCGAGGUGGUACAGAUGCUGGACGCCGCGGAGAGUCUGGUCUCGGUCGCUCAGCUUCAGGCCGCCACCCGUCGGGACCCCGCUGUUUCCGCCGCGUACAUCUUUACUCGUGAUGGAUGGCCCGAGGUCUGUCCCAGAGAUGAGUUAUCAUUCUUUUUCAACCACCGUCAUGAGUUAAGCAUCGAGAAUGGUUGUUUGUUGUGGGGUUUACGAGUUGUCGUGCCUACUCAGCUGAAAAGUCGCGUCCUGUCUCUGUUGCACAGUGGCCAUCCUGGAAUGACGGCGAUGAAGCAGCUCGCCCGGAGCGUCGUCUGGUGGCCGGGACUGGACGGCCAGAUUGAGGACCGAGUAAGGGCGUGUCAGGCGUGUCAGGCGGACAAAGGAAUUCGCCACAGUCGACAACGGGGCGAGCUCCGGCUGAGCUGAUGUUCG